UAAAACUAUUGGUUAACUAACCAAUAAUUGUGUCUGAUUUGCCUCAGUCAUUACAUCAGGGAACCGGCUUUACUGACGAAAUGCGCAUGACAAUCUCAUGCGAUAUAUCGUGCAGCCCUAAUUUUUUGCAUGAUGGAUGUUCUUUAAUUUCCAUUUUGUCUUUCCUGUCAAGCAGAAGUUUGACAUCUCCACAGAUCAUAAGGUUUAUUUAGCUGACGAGACUGGAACAGAAGUAGAUGAAGAUGUUUUUGCUGACAUAAUUGAGCAAAAGGCUGACACUCUUUGGAUGGUAGUUGAUGCUGUGGCUGUAGCAGACUCUCCUGCAUACACAAGCUAUGCAUCUUCAAAUGAGACCGAUUCACCGUCACUUCAUUCAGUUGCAUCAUCAUCAGACACACAGCCAUCAGACAGCGAUGGUCCUUUCUUCCCACCUAAAAGAGCUCGUUCUGAUGACCAUUUGCAAGAAGCUAAGGAGGUGCUUCAAGACUUUGAGUUACUAUUUGGAGUGGAGACUGCAUCUAAACUUCUGGAGAAGUGGGACUCUACUCUGAAGCAAAAAGUCAUUCAAGAAUCCAAAAACCUCACCCAUUCACUACUUUUGAGUUGUCUAAUUCAGUCUGCAGAACACUGCAACACCAGUCAAGGAGACUUGGACAGUGAUAUGUUUUCCCUGUUAUUGCUGGUCUAUCUCCUGCCACCACCUUCUUGCGGAAAUAAGAAGUUUGUCGAGAUCAGUGUGCAUGAAGCUUUGGAUCAUGUAGUAAGAUUUUACAAGUCUUGUUACAGUUUUGAAGAAGUCCUUGGAUCAACACAGACAACACAACCCUACAUCUUGGCAGUUGGCACUUUGAAGAGUAGCAUCCAUGACUACUACAUUUCUGUGGAUGAGCGGCUCAUUCCCUGCAUGGCUAAGUCCUCUCUCUGUUUUGUUGAACAUCUUCACUCAUUUUAAGUCCAAGAGAGGCUUUGCAGGACAGUUUCCCCUUUGAAUGUUGAAACCUUGUUUCUUUAAGCCUUUUGACCUUCAAACAUCGUACACAUUUCAGCAAAAUGACCUUUUAUAUUGUUCCGUUACAUGUUUUACUAUUAAGCACUUUUUAGAGCUUUUCCCAGAGUGCUUCAGUGCUCAGGUCUUUGAAUUUGUCUGUUCUUUGUAGUUUGUACUUUUAUCAUUUUAAUACAACACACGUUUAAGUGUAUAUGUUGUCAUUCAGUAAUAUGAAAUUGCACAAAUGACUGAAAUUUAUAGUUAUACAAAUUUAAAUAGUUUUUUUUUUUUUAUGUAUUUAAUUGUUCUUUUAAAACUGCAAAUUGACAUUUUGACCUUAAAAUAUUGUACGAAUUUCAGCAAAGUGACCUUUAUAUUGUUCCGUUACAUGUUUUAAAGGGAUAGUUCA